GCCGAGCCGGCGGCCGCGCAGGUCCAGGAGCUGCAGCUGCAGCGCGGAGACUUCGAGAUCGUCAAAGUGAUCGGGAGGGGCGCGUUCAGCGAGGUGGCCGUGGUGAGGAUGAAGGAGACCGGGCAGAUCUACGCCAUGAAGAUCAUGAGCAAGUGGGACAUGCUGCGCCGCGGAGAGGUGUCCUGUUUCCGCGAGGAGCGGGACGUGCUGGCCCGCGGUGACCGGCGCUGGAUCACGCGGCUGCACUUCGCCUUCCAGGACCCGCAGUGCCUGUACCUGGUGAUGGAGUACUACAUCGGCGGGGACCUCCUGACGCUGCUCAGCAAGUUUGGGGACCGGCUGCCGCUGACCAUGGCGCGCUUCUACCUGGCCGAGCUGGUGAUGGCCAUCGACUCCGUGCACCGGCUGGGCUACGUGCACCGGGACAUCAAACCCGACAACAUCCUGCUGGACCGCUGGGGACACAUCCGGCUUGGGGACUUCGGGUCCUGCCUGCGCCUGGGGCCCGAUGGCACCGUGCGCUCGGCGGUGGCCGUGGGCACCCCCGAUUACCUGUCCCCCGAGAUGCUCCUGGCCGUCGAGGACCCCUCGCUGUCGUACGGCCCCGAGUGUGACUGGUGGGCGCUGGGGGUCCUGGCCUACGAGAUGUUCUACGGGAGACCCCCGUUCUUCGCCGACACCGUGCUCGAGACCUACGCCAAGAUCCUGCACUUCCAGGACCACCUGCACCUGCCCGAGACCGAUGACGAUGACUCCGGUGCCGGUGCCGGUGACGGCGGCUCCGAAGGCCCCGGGGGCUCCCGGGCCGUCCCCGCGGCCGCGCGCGCGCUCGUGCGGGGCCUGCUGUGCGCGCCGGACGCGCGCCUGGGCCGCGGGGGCGCGCGCGACUUCCGGGCGCUGCCGCUGUUCGCGGGCACGCGCUGGCGCGCGCUCCGCCGCUGCCCCGCCCCCUUCGCGCCCAGCGCCGCCGGCGCCGCCGACACCUCCAACUUCGACGUGCUGGACGAUUGCCUGAGCCAGCCGGAGCCGCUGGGGGAGCCCGCGGAGCCCCCCGAGCUGGGGCUGCACCUCCCGUUCGUGGGGUACUCGUACGCCCGCACCGAGCACGAGGAUGAGGAAGAGGAGGAGGAGGAGGAUGAGGAUGAGGAGUGGGACCAGGACGCGGCCAUGGAGCUGGAGGGGGAGUGGGGGACCCCCCCCGAGUCGGGGACCCCCCCGGGCGCCGGGACCCCCUUGGCCAUAGCGACCCCCCCCCGCAAGGGGACGCCCCCACCUCAAAAAGAGCCCCCCCCGCCCACGGGGACCCCCAUGGAGGGCCCCUCCCAAAAAGGACCCCCCCCACCCACGGGGACCUCUGAACUCACGGGACCCCCGCCCCAAAAGGGGCCCUCACCCCAUAAGAGACCCUCACCCCGAAAAGGGCACCACCCACGCCCGAGAACGCCCCCUCCCCGAAAAUCGCCGCCCCCCACCCCCGAGGGGAGCCCCCCCCAGGAAUCCCACCUCCCACCCAAAGCCCCGCCCCCUGCCCAACCCGCGGGACCCCCUCCCCAAAAAGGGGUCCCUGCCCCCCCCACGGCGCCCCCAGCCCAGGGACCCCCCCCGGCCAAGGGGGCCCCCCCCAGGACGCCCCCCCCGGGCACGGAGCCCCCCCGGGAACCGCCGCCGCCGUUCCCGCAGGUGUCGGUGGCGGCCCCGGUGGCGGUGCCGGCGGCCGUGCCGGUGUCGGUGCCGGUGUCGGUGUCGGCCGUGCCGGUGGCCGUGCCCGCGGUGCCGGCGGUGCCGGUGUCGGUGCCCGCGGUGCCGGAGUCGGUGCCGGAGCUGCGGGAGGCGCUGGCCAAGGAGCGGCGCGGGCGGGAGGAGCUGGAGCGGGAGCUCGGCAAACUGCGGGCGGCGGGACUGGGGCUGACCCGGCGGCUGCAGGAGGCCGAGAGCCGCAACCUGGAACUGGAAGCGAAACUGCGGCGGCUGCAGAGCGACCCCCCCGGGCCGGGGCCGCCCCCGCCCCAAGGCAAGGACCCCUCCCCAAAAUCCAUGGGGACACCCCCGGGAAUGUCCCCAAAAUCUCAAUGA